AUGUGCAUGAAAGUCUUCGCCCUCCAACGCUGUCUCAGCCCCGAAAACGGCGGCUGCGGCAGCUACUUUGCAGAAUACCUCGAACAGCGAGAAUGCAACCACAUGGCCCUCCCCGGCCUCCCGCAACACACCUGCCGCGCCGUCUGGGCCGGCUUCGAAGACGAGCGGAGCGCCAAAGCCCUCCACCGCGACGAGUACGCCAAGCGCGCCCACAAGCUCUGCGCGGACUGCCGCGUCCGGCACCGGCUCACCUACCUCGAGAGUGAGGCGCAGGCGGAGCGUCGGGGCGAGUACUCAGAUCGUAUGAAGACUAUCAUCGAGGACCUGACGCGGCGCGCGGAUCUGGGACAGAUGGAGUUUAUGAACCGGGUGUAUCGCGACAUGUGGGAUGCUGCGCUGGGGUAUGUUCAGGGGAUGGCGAAGACGACGGAUGGGGUGUGGAAUGGAAUCGAGACGGCGCUUAGGCGGCACUUUGGGGACAGCGGGAUGGAGAUGAUUGUCGUGGGAAGUCUGAUCCAGGACUUGAAGAUUGCAAAGAAGGAGUUGCUUGAGCGGGUGAUGACAUCAACGAGGGAGAUGGCGACGGCGCUGGUGGGGCCGAAUUUGGACUUCCAGCAGGAUCUGGAGGCUGGUGGGUUUAGGAGCGAAGGGUACAUCAAUCAGGAGUGGAAGCUGCAGAGAAAAGCGGCUGUUGAUGCUUCGAGAGCGAAAGCCGAAAUUGGGGACUUCAAAAGCGACGAGGAGUUGGGGCGAGACUUCGAUGAGUCUAGUCCGGUUGUACGUAUGAACAAGCCUAUGUCUCCGAGGUGA